CUCAAGAUGGCCCUCGCAGCGGUUUGUUUAGCUCAGAAUACAAUGAAGUCUUUGCUCAUGAAAUUAUGCAGACUGCUUUGUUUGAUAUUGACUUUACCCUUAUAUCUAAUGGAAAUCACGGGCAUGUACGGUAUGUACAAACGCUUGUUUCCCUUGCUUGCCUAUAACAUAACAUUUUCAUACAACGAUAAAAUGCACGAAACAAAAAGGGACCUUUUCCGAAACGUGGGCACAUUUGCAAAUAGCGACGGUGCUCUCCGUCUGCUGGAGAUCGGUUGUGGCAGCGGGGCAAACUUCAAGUUUUACCCCUGUGGCUGCACGGUGAUUUGCACCGACCCCAACCCUCAUUUCGAGAAGUACCUGCAGAUGAGCAUGGACGCGAACAAGCAUUUGACCUUUGACACGUUUAUAGUCGUCUCUGGGGAAGCCAUGGAGGAGGUGGAGGACGAGUCAGUGGACGUCGUUGUCUGCACCUUGGUUCUCUGUUCUGUCACCAACGUGCAGCGCGUGCUGCAGGAAGUCCGACGCAUCCUCAAAACAGGUGGAGCCUUCUACUUUUUGGAGCAUGUCGUCUCAGAUCCCUCUUCCUGUACAUACUUCUUACAGCAUGUGUUUGAGCCUCUGUGGUACUACCUUGGAGAUGGAUGCAUGAUUACCAGAGCAACGUGGAAAGAUCUAGAGGCAGCUGGUUUUUCUGAACUUCACCUAAAACAUGUAGAGGCUCCAGAGGUCACAAGGAUGAUAAGACCACAUAUCAUGGGAUAUUCCAUUAAGUGA